AUGCAGGCGCGCUACUCCGUGUCCAGCCCCAACUCCCUGGGAGUGGUGCCCUACCUCGGCGGCGAGCAGAGCUACUACCGCGCGGCGGCCGCGGCGGCCGGGGGCGGCUACAGCGCCAUGCCGGCCCCCAUGAGCGUGUACUCGCACCCGGCGCACGCCGAGCAGUACCCGGGCGGCAUGGCACGCGCCUACGGGCCCUACACGCCGCAGCCGCAGCCCAAGGACAUGGUGAAGCCGCCCUACAGCUACAUCGCGCUCAUCACCAUGGCCAUCCAGAACGCCCCGGACAAGAAGAUCACCCUGAACGGCAUCUACCAGUUCAUCAUGGACCGCUUCCCCUUCUACCGGGACAAUAAGCAGGGCUGGCAGAACAGCAUCCGCCACAACCUCUCGCUCAACGAGUGCUUCGUCAAAGUGCCCCGCGACGACAAGAAGCCCGGCAAGGGCAGCUACUGGACGCUGGACCCGGACUCGUACAACAUGUUCGAGAACGGCAGCUUCCUGCGGCGGCGGCGGCGCUUCAAGAAGAAGGACGCGGUGAAGGACAAGGAGGAGAAGGACCGGCUGCACCUCAAGGACCCGCCAGCACCACCGCCCCCGCCGCCGCCGUCUCAGCCGGGCCGCCAGCCCGCACCGGGGCCGCCGGAGCAGCCGGACGGCGCCGCCCCUGGACCGCAGCCGCCGCCCGUGCGCAUCCAGGACAUCAAGACCGAGAACGGUACGUGCCCCUCGCCGCCCCAGGCCCUGUCCCCGGCCGCCGCCGCGUCCGCGGUGCCCAAAAUCGAGAGCCCCGACAGCAGUAGCAGCUCGCUGUCGAGCGGGAGCAGCCCCCCGGGCAGCCUGGGGGCGGCCGCGCGGCCGCUGAGCCUGGACGCUGCCGAGCCCCCGCCGCCCUCGGCGCAGCAGCCCGCGCCGCCGCCGCCGCCGCAGCAGCAGCAGCAGCCCCCGCACCACAGCCAGGGCUUCAGCGUGGACAACAUCAUGACGUCGCUGCGGGGGUCUCCGCAGGGCGCGGCCGCCGAGCUGGGCUCCGGCCUGCUGGCCGCGGCGGCGGCGGCGGCGGCGGCGGCUGCGUCUUCGCGCGCGGGCCUCGCACCCCCGCUGCCGCUCGGCGCCUACUCGCCGGCCCAGAGCUCCCUCUACGGCUCCCCCUGCAGCCAGAGCUCGGGCGCGGGCGGCUCCGCCGGGGGCGCAGGCGGUGGAGGCGGCGGCGGUGGAGGCGGUGGCGGCGGUGGCGGCGGUGCGGGGACCGCGGGCGGUGCGGGGGGCGGCGGCGGCGCGGGGACCUACCACUGCAACCUGCAGGCCAUGAGCCUGUACGCGGCUGGCGAGCGCGGCGGCCACCUGCAGGGAGCACCCGGGGGCGCGGGCGGCUCGGUGGACGACCCCCUGCCCGAUUACUCCCUGCCUCCGGUCACUAGCAGCGCGUCGUCUUCCCUGAGCCACGGCGGGGGCGGCCAGGAGGCUGGCCACCAUCACCCCGCGGCGCACCAAGGCCGCCUCACCUCGUGGUACCUGAACCAAGCGGGCGGAGACCUGGGCCACCUGGCGAGCGCCGCAGCAGCGGCGGCCGCCGCGGGCUACCCGGGCCAACAGCAGAACUUCCACUCGGUGCGAGAGAUAUUCGAGUCGCAGCGGCUGGGCUUGAACAACUCGCCGGUGAACGGCAACAGUAGCUGCCAGAUGGCUUUCCCCUCCAGCCAGUCGCUGUACCGCACGUCGGGGGCGUUCGUCUAUGACUGUAGCAAGUUUUGAGGUUCCCCAGCACCCCGACUGCGCCCCCGCCCUGUCCCCUCGCAAGCUCAGCCCCGGGUCACGCCGCCCCCAGAGCUGAACUGCAUCAAACCCCAAAGAGACAGAAGGCCCGGCCGCCCGAGAACCCAUCCAAUGCAAAAUCGAAACUAAAAAAAAAAAAAGCAAUAGCCCAAAGUUAAGAAACACUUCACCAGCGACGAACACCAGCAAAUUCCACUCGCC